GACGCAACAUGAAGUUCAAGGACAAGUGAAUGUGAGGGGGGCUUGGGCAGAGCACCAUGCACACAUAUCCGCCAUAAUAGAAAGAUAGUCUUCUUUUAUUUAUUUAAUUAGCCUACAUUUUAUUAAACCUUUAUUUAAAGAUACAGGUCAGUUAAAAACAAAUCUAGAACGCCUAUUUACCAUUCUUAUUUCUCAACCAUCUUGUUCUGUUGCCUACACAUCAGGACUAAACUGUCAUGUUCUCUCGAUUCCCCCUGAAGAUCAGCGCAAUUUCAUCCACCAUUUACGUAAAUUCAUCAAAUAUUUUUUUUAAACGGACUUACCUUGAGGAAAACUGCCCCUGUUGUAUGCACACGGUCCGUUAUUUUGUUGCAAAAUGACCGUGUAGGUCCAGGCUGUCACAAAAUCUGUUGCUACGAAUGUUUAUAUUGACUAUUGUAUCACUGUCUACCAAGAUGAGGGGGUGACAGUGGGCUAGGGGUGGAGGCUUCGCACCAGUGAAAGUAAGCUAAUCCUACUCAUAUUUCGUUCGUGCCAAGAACGGGCGGAGACACAAAAAGUUAAGGGAACGGACUCGGACUGGCUAUGUUGCGAAAUCUAUUUUUCUAAUUCGUGGAUUCGGCAACAAGAAGUUGAGUUUGUGGAAUUAGGCAUACUAGUGAUUUUGUAUCUGAAAGGAAAAGUGCCAAAGGACUCCAGAGCGCAAGGAUGGCUGUGUCGGUCUCAAGGGACCUGUCAGUGAGCGUGACCACGGACAUCAACUCCGAUAAACUGACCGACAAACAGCAGGCUCUGCGUGAGAGCAUCCAGAAAGGCGAGCCGAAGGCUUUGGGGGUGUCCCAGAUAAUGAUUGGGUUGAUGGUGAUGUCCUACUCCAUCCCCCUCCUCUCCACUGAGUUCACAGAGGUCGUGACCUUUGGGGUGCCAUGGUGGAGUGGCCUAUCGUUCAUAGCAGCAGGAGUCAUUGCCAUAGUGAUGGAGAAACACAGCAGUAUGAAAUCGCUGGGUGUGUGUAUGGUGGUGACACUGGUGGCCAUUUUGGUUUCUCUCCUGGCCCUCAUCAUCUACUUCAUUGAUCUCCACAACAACCCAGAGGCACCGUGUAACCACCCCCUGGUCCCCGCAAUGCACGACAGGCAGGAGUAUGAAUGUAACCACCAGCACUAUGCCACUGUGUUCAGUUAUGGAGUAAAGUCGUCCCUCCUUCUCUUCACCAUCAUCCAGAUCACCAUCUCCUCAACGCUCUCUUACAUCCUGUACAAAAAGAGGAGGAGUUUCGGACCAUACUCAUCUAUCAAUCAAGAUGUACCCUCGACUCCCAUACUGGUCACUGCCCCCAACUUCAACUGACCAAUAACAGCUGCAGAAAGACAUUAACUGACCAAUCACAUCUACAGACAGAUUUCCACCAAUUCCCCUGUUAUGAUACUGAUGAUUUGUCCGCCACUGAUGUUUUUUUAAAGUUUCUACCAUUGUGGCUUUAUGUUAUGUCUUUGAAUGUGUAACGUGAAGCUGUGGAAUUGAUUUGGAUGUGAUUCCAUAGUAUGCAGUGUUUUACUACCAUGCAGUGUUAAAUAAUGGUUUCAUUUUCCCUAAAUUCCUCAUUUGUUUUGUAUAUUAUCACCUAAAUAAAAUAAUUUGUAUCAAAAAUAC